CUUGUCAUAUUGUUUAUGUUUUCCUUCGUCUCGAAAAUACUUGUGUUUUAUGUGAAAUAGCAAUAAGAAGUAAGAAAUUUUGUUGAAGGAUUAAAGAAGAACCUCUCUAGUUUCAUACUUGGUGUGAAUAUCAUGGAAUCCGACACUGCGGAUGACUUAAUCGUGUAUGAUGAGGACUCCUUAGGAGAGAGCGCCGGUGCUGCGACUUUGGAGCGUCCAGAAGGCGAAAAAGGGGGCGAAAAGUGCAUCGUGGCCAAUGUUGUGUCCAUGUACCAAUGCCAGGAGUGCAAUGCCGUCGUGUCGACGGCUGAAGAAUUCCUUUCCCACCACAAGAUCAUGCACAGCGAGAGCCAGGAAGUGAUGGUUGAGUUCCUCAAAGAUGAGCCCCAAACAGAGCCGGACAGCGAUGUGGAGGUGAAGUACGUGUGCAGCCUCUGCUAUGGCGUGUUUGAGUCCGUGGAGCACACCAAGCAGCACAUGAUGUUGGACCAUCGGCUGAAGGAAGUGGGCGCCAAGGAAGAGGCAGGAAGCAAUGUGCCGUCGAACCCCUCAUCGGAUUCCAACGAGGAGAAGACAGAGGAGUCAGCGGGGAAGGAGCAGUGGAAGCCCAUCUCUCUGAAGCAGCUGAAGACAAAGUUGACGAGGAAUCUCACUCAUAAAUGCACCGUCAAGGGGUGUCUGUACAAGUUCGAGAGCACGGAGAAGCGCGACAUCCACCUGAAAUGCCACUGCUCAGUGGAGAACAUCCGCAACUUUCGGUGUCCGGAGUGCGGCGAGGAGCACAAGAGCUGGCGCACAUGCGGCCUUCACAUGUGGAAGGAGCACAAGAUUGACGUGGACAUGCUCAAGUGUCCGCUCUGCACGUACAAAGUGCUCACGACGGUGCAGAUCUUCCGACACCUGCAGAGUCACGGCCCGACGCGCGGCUUCGCGUGCACAAUGUGCCCCAAAACCUUCUCGCAGUACUCGAAGCUGCGCUACCAUUCGGUGAAUCAUCUGGACAAGAAGGCAGCGGCCGCUAAUCGGUGGUACUCCAAGAAGACCUGCGACAUCUGUCUGAACGUCUUCGCGAACUCCAAGACGCUGUCGAAACACGUCUCCGGAUGCCAUAACCAGAUCAUGUCGUAUCGCUGCAAUAUCUGCGGCAAGCUGUCUACCAGGAAGGCCACCUGGCUGAUCCACCUGCGCCAGCACACCGGCGAGAAGCCCUUCCACUGCGAGUUCCCCAACUGCCAGUUCAUGGCCAGGGACCCGAGCGUACUGCGGAAGCACAGGCUGCGCCACACGAAGACCAAGCCGUACAAGUGCAAGCACUGCGACUACAGUGCUAUACAGGCGGAGCCGCUGAAGACGCACAUUCGCACGAAGCAUCCUGAGGAGUACAAGAUGAUGAAGUGCGACCAGUGCUCGUUCAUCUCUAUCAACAGCGAACUCCUGCAGCGGCACAUGAAGGAUCACAAGGCAAAUCUGAUGAAGAGCGACGAGAACAGAGACGUCGAUAUUGGUAGCAGCAAGAUUCACAAGAGCAUCCCUGAGACUUCUUCAGAUUGCUUCCUGCCGCUUGAAAGCACGGAUUCCAUGCACUCUUCUCUAGACACUGGUGGCGUGACGAUUCCUGCGAUUCCCGCUCAUUCGGAGGAUACGCAAUUUCCUCACUUCAACGAAUAAAUGCAAGUAAUCAAGUAAGACGUGUUUACUGAUAUGACCCA